UCAGUUUGUCUACUUACUUAGGAAACACCCUGUGUAUAUAUAUAUAUAUAUAUAUAUAUAUAUAUAUAUAUACUUUCCUUUCCGCAACGGUAACGUGUAUCUGUUUGUUAUGUGCCUAAUUUAAUUCGCUAAAUUAUUUUUUGGUAUUAUGUGAAAAGAACGGACAUUGGCAAUAGGGGGAUGUGGAAGUUCUUUCCUCGAAAGUGGUAGUCUUGAAAUUAUUGAAUUAAUUCACACGAACGUACGGGAAUGUAGUAACGAGGUCGAUAAUGUAUUUUUCCUUCUGUAUUUCUUUCUUCUCCUUCUUUUUUAUCGUCUGUUUCAGCGUCUGUCUGGUUUCCGUAGUGUAUAAAAGGGAAAAUGGAAUAUCUGUAUUUAAAAGAACUUUUGUAUUACGAGAAGAGUAAUUGGUUUUAGAAUAAAUCGCAUGAAUUGAAAAUUGCGUUAAAGUAUAUUUUCAUGUUCAUUCGAGCGUUAGAACGCACCCUUUUGUGGGUGCGUUUAUACAUCUUUGUGUAUUAUCAUUGACAUAAGAAUGUAUGGACGGAGCACAUACUGCGAACUUAGGCAAGGGAGGAUUACUGAUAAAUCAAGCGAUUUCGUUCUCGAUAUCGUUUGGGUCCAGCAUAUCGAGUCUCUAACUUUUAAUGACAAUAUCGUUAUCGUUACGUGUCGUUGCGCAACAACGACACGUCAAGGCAUGAGUGUAAUGCAAUAUUGUAACUGAUUUAACAAAAGCUCUUUUAUUUAAUAAUGUAGUUACAAUUUUCAUCAAUUGAUGUAUUUAUUAAUAAUAAUAUAUGCGAUAUAUUUUAUAGAUAUUUCGAUAAAUUAUUUUUAAAUUAUCAGUAAAUUAUGCGUUAUGUCUAUAAGAAUAUGUGCUUCACGCUUUAGUUAGAUGUCACUGCGAAGCCGAACACAUCCGUCGAAAUUACACGACGUGCCAGUACUCUCCCCUCGCCACUAAACUUGGCUUCCCCUCAUAAAAGGCUCCGUUUAUAUAUUCUUAUGUCAAUGGUAUAUUAUAUCAUGUGGUAAUAAUAUAAGAGGAUAUGAACUGGAUAUUUUUUAAAUUUCCAUAGACAGGUCUCUAUGUUAUCGACAUCUUAGGACGCAGGAGUGCUUUCGUAAUAUAUAAGCUUGUUUAAAUAAUAUAAGUGUUAAUAAUACAUGUUUAUUUAUUCAGAAAUUUAUAUGACAAAUGUACAAAUAUUUUUGUACACAAUUCUAAUUAUUGCUAUCAAUUUAAUUGCCUGAUUGCAGCGUAAUCUUGCCUUAUUCUUCAGGUGAAACAAUUUAUCAACAAAAACUAAUUUCUCAGUCGAGCAUUUUCACUCUUUCCAUUUUUCGAUAACUGUUUCCCUCGAUAACAGAUGUAUUAGCGUACCGAUUUAGGAGCAGAGAGAAUCCGUACUUACGCGGGGGAUUAGUCACCCCCGACUAGUGUCUGCGUGCGGCUCCAGAUGACGCUAAGGGUAGCUCGUGGCGUGGCGCGUCAAGGAACGCAUGCCGGAGCACGCGCGUGCCACGGUCACGCGUGCACUCUCCCUAGGACAGUCGGCGACCAGUCAGCAACGGAUCGGCGGAGGGAGAAGACAGGGUGGUAGGGAGCAGUGGAGGGAGGCUGGUUUUGACUGCCUUGGCAGGCUGGCUGGCGAAGUAGCGAGGGUUUUACCGUGCCGCGCAGCCACACCGGCCACUGCGACGGCCGCGGCAGCGGAGCGGGCGCGCUUGUUCCUCCCUUGUUCAUACGUUUGCUUCUGCGCGCUAUCCUGGACGGCAUCGCGAUGUGAGGACACGCGGAGAAACGCGACAAUCCUUGCCGACGAUCGCAUAUAAUCGGAUCGCGGGAUCCGGCGCGCGAAGCGACGAGUCGCGAUUAAUUGCCAACAGGGGUGAGUCGAUAGCUCGCGCUCUAUAGGGGAAGAGGAAGAGGGAGAUAGUAGGGCGGAAGAGGAAGCUAGAGGGAGAGAGAGAGAAAGAGAGAACGUACGGAAGGCUCACGUGACACGCAAGGGGUGCGAACUGUCUGACAGUCUACGUUGAGCGUCUACUACCACUUGCCGUAGUCGGUUGUUGUGACUGUGACAGCGACGGCAGCGGUGGCGGUGGCGGCGGCGGCGACGGUGGUGGUUAGUGGAAGUGAUCGCGGCGGUGGUGACAGCGAGGAUCACGAGGCUCGACCAAGGGUAGUGGCGGUGCUGUUGUCCGGAGAGUAGCACUGCGCUCUUGCCAUCAGCGCCGGAAGGGUAGGAAAGUGGCCCUCGAGGUUACGAGGCCAGAGGAGAAAGUGGGUGUUGCCGGAGCAGCGGUGGCGGUGGCGGUGGCAACGACGACGACGGCGGGAGAAACGCCCGGGUCCUGCGGGACGUCGCCGGAAGUCCGGGGUGCUUCUCGUGACAAGGAGGCAAAGCGGGAGGAAAACACGACCGGAAGGAUGCUGGUCGGUUGUCGAUCCUGGUGUCGAUGUUGUCAGCUCGUUGCUGGCCUCGUUCUCAUCGACGACCUCGUGCCUCAGGACUUUCGGCGCUGAGGUUCCUCCUCAGGAUGGCAGGAGCGAGCCGAGAGGAUCGGCGAGACCCUGAAGAUUUCGUGCUCGUGUGUCGCGUUAGGCGAAGCUGGUCUUCGCUCGAUUAGGGGGCAGUGCGAGAGUAGCGCGGGACGCGGGGGUGGUUCCUUCCAUCGCGAGGAUCGAGAUGAGCGAUCUACAGGCCACCCUCGAGUUCUCCCUCGAGCUCUGCAAGUUCUACAAUGUCGACCUCUUCCAGCGCGGAUAUUACCAAAUCCGAACUGCUCUCAGAGUGUCGCCGAAGAUACCGGUCAAGGUGGAAAUCAACCAACCACGAAGCCGUAAGCACUUCGAUAAUCAAAACCCUCUGGAGGCGCCUGGCAGGAGCAAACUCUUUCAGAUCCUCUACAGGAAUGAGGAGGUGACACUUGGUACUUCCGUGUUGUUCCGGGCGCACGUGCUCGUGCACAGUCACAAGAUCGAGGAGGCUCUGUCGCGCACCCACUUCAACUUGGGUGUCGAGCUAUGGUUCAGCGAGCCGACGCAGCCGGGCAACAUGGCUUGCGUGUCCUCGAGGGCGUUGCAGCUGAACUUCACACCCACGAAGGGCCUUCACUACCAUCUGCCGGUGCUCUUCGAUUACUUUCACCUCGCCGCGGUGUCCAUCACGAUCCACGCCUGCCUCGUGGCACUUCAUCAACCCUACAUCAAGAAGAGCAUACUGCAUGUAGUGCAGAGCUGCGCACCACGAGGAGGAAAACCAUGGUUACAGUUUAAGCAAUCCGCGGCGAAUGGCGACAACAAUACGAAUGCCUUUGGGAAUAUCGAGACCACCACGAGAUGCGUCGGGUCGACGACGAGGGUACAGCACGCGAGGCUGGUCCAGCAGGAAGUCACCAGGUUGCUCCUGGCCGCGAGGGAGUCCUUGCUUAAUGAUCUGUCCGACCUGGCACGGCUACUUCCCUCUUGGCAACAAAGAGCACUCGAGCUCGCACAGAACACGCACAAAGAGAUCACGAAGCUGAUGGAUUCCGAGGAAACUGACAUAGCCCAACUCUGCGCACAAAAUAUCGUCCUCUGGCAGCACUUCUUGGAGGCAUUCUCCGGCCGAGAAGCAGUCCAUCAGCAUUUAGCGCGAGUUCAUCAUCAAUUGAGAGUAAAGCGAUUCGCGGAGGGUUUCUUCGUAUUAGAGAAUCCGAGAACUUCGGCAGCGGGCUGUUACGACGCGAAUUAUCAGUCCUAUCAAGCAGUGAGCGAGGCUGCUCGAAGAUCGCGUUACCUCGCGUCGUUGCCGCCUUUACCUGUCCAUUGUCCAGAACUGGAUGGUGAUCUCCAUUCGUUACCUUUGAUCUUUGAGGAUCAAUACGCUGACAUGCAGCAGAGGCACAGAAACAGUGUUCCCAGCAUGGACGACUGCAGCUGCGGGAUAGCAGCGAUACUGGAGUCGCGAUCUCUGGGCAUCUGGUCGCCCAGGAGCGAAGGUGCGGCUCAGGAUAUUGGGUCGAUUCAAGCCCGCCUGAUGCUGACACCUUCCACGCUCCCGGCGAGACACAGCAAGUCCCUCGAUCAGCUUGGUCCCGAGCUGACAGUGCCCCUGCAGCCCAGAAUGUCGCCAAAGACCCUGCCUAGGUCUGUGUCGACUCAGCUGUUCCCGCGGGGGCAGCGUGGCAGCGGUCGCAACGUCACUCCACCCGCGACGGUGCCCUCCAGAGGGAGACCCAGGUCGACAGUACCGUCCAGUAGCACUCUUUUUCCACCAUCGGGCCAGCAGGCCUGCUCCGCGCCAAACCCAUCUCUUAGCUCCACGCCGGUGAUCACCUUGCCACGAGCCAAGUCCACGCAGAUGCUGGUGCCAAACAGACAACAGCAGCAAUCCGAUCACCAAUCCACUUCCAUUACCUCAUUGCUGGCAGCGAUAUUCCCUGAGUUGCCUCCAGGUGGACACCUGCCCGGUUAUCGACCGUCGUCCAAAUCCUGCGACCAGAAUCUCACUGUGCCAAGCUGCGUGGGUGCUCUGGACCUCAGUCAGCUGCCAGACUGCUUGACGGAAAGCAAGUCGGUGAAUCUAGUGGAAGACUACCAUUCUCUCGAUACCAGAAGAAUCCGGCUGGAGCCGCGAAGCCAUCGUUUGGGGACACGCCAACCGCUGCCACCGACCACAAACGACCAAAGUAGUUUUCUGUCCACCAAGGCGAACGUAAAUGGCGGCGAUAAUUUUCUGCAGGAUCAUCAGCCGCUGCACACGGCGACACUGGACAGGGUCACUUAUCGAGGAAAUUCCAGAAAGUCUGGCCACCAGACGGGUGGCAAGUACAGUCAGAGCAAUGGUAUCGAAUGUCGCAGGUAUCACACUCUCGGCAAAACAUCGAUGACGCAGGCGCAGAGGAGUCGCCUGGACAUGUCGGAUAUCAUGAACGGGAGCGCUCUAAGCAGUAGCCACUCUGUCUUGACGACCCCGAAGAGAUCCAACUACUAUGCGAUCACAGACUCAUUCUUCUAUCGCACGAACGGCAGCAGCACCAGCGGAAGGACCCGCGAAGAGAUGGAUAAGCCAAAGAGGCCGAAGAGCACGGAACGCCUAGUCGACGAGGUAGAGCGCAACGAGUGCUGCGACUUCCGGCGAGACCGACCAAUUCGCAGGAGAGUCGAGCGAUCGGUCAAGUCACCCCGUAACGGGGUGAAUCAGAAUUAUAGCGAGGAGAAGCAUCGACGUUGCGGCCAAACGGAGAAGAAGAACGUGGAGACGCCGCAGGAGCCGAUUUACGAAGUGAUAGCCACGAAACCGGAACCGAAGAGAGAGUCGCGUGUCGAGAGGAGGAGAGACAAGCACAGCAGAAGACCGCACUCCGCGCCCGUUCUCGAUACGGAUCACCCAGUAGAUGAAAGCAAUCACCGGAACGAGAAGAAAUGCAGUCACAGAAACAGAAAGCCGGCGCCGCCACCUCCGGCGUACCAGGAUCCCGCUGUUGCCCCUCUGCCCAAGUAUCGUCAUCCCCCUCCGCCUGCGACGAGUGUGCUUGAAGUGGAGAACAAUAACAAAAUUAUUCUAAAGAUAGAACCCAUAAAGUCACCCAUGGAGGCGCCGAAGACCAACGGCACGACGCCAUCGGACACGUCGAGCGUCGCGGCGCCAUUGCCAAACGUAAAGAGGCUGCGAUGCGCCAGCGUGCCGGUCGCUCAAAACAAGGUGGUGGUUCCGCGUAGCGCGGUCUCGCUUCCCUGCAUGCCAAUUCGCGACAGCAAAGACAGUCUGAGCAACAACGUGCCGGUUAUCCCGAACCUCCUCAGUCCACCGUCCACCAGGCCCAGCAGUCCCACGCCGAGCUCAAGUUCCAGCAACCUCACGUCUGAGUGCUCGGGCUGGGUCAGCAGUGGAGAUACUUCCAGCUCGGAGCAGCGUCGCAACCAGGCAAAGUUGUCCAGCGAACAGCUGCGCCAGAAGCUGUCGAAGAUCGUGCCACGCAAGGAUCGCCCUACCGCCGCGAAGGAGAACAUGGAGGAGCAUUCGUACGAGGAGGUGCGGCUGCCGCCGCCGAAAAUGUUUCAGGAUGAGCCUCCACCGCCCGAGGAGUUCCGUGACCCGCCCGCACCGAUCGACAAUCCGCUCUACCACGUGUACGAAACGGUGAAGCAGACCAGGAGCCCGAAACAGAACAAGACGGCGCCCUGCAGCCCGCAACGAAACCGGGAUAGGGAUACCAUUUAUGGCAUCAGAGACAUCUGCCUAGAUUGUUACCAGGAGGGCAAGGAGCUGUUGCAAUCCACGCAGGACGACUUUAUCAACUUUAAAAAGUGCAAGGAGGAGUUCAAGCGACAGAUGAACUUUUCCGGCAAGAUCUACAGAGAACUCGAGGAAGCACAGUUGCGUUUACACAAAAGUGCCCAUUCCCUCGGAUACGGUGACCUUCUCAACUCCUCGCCGUCGGUUCAUCCAUUAAGAUCCAAUGUGCCUCUUAGUGACUAUCCGACCUUGGCCUCGACCCUGCCGUACUUCCAUAUCAGCGACGAGUACCGGCUCUUUUCGCCGGAAGGGGCACAUCUCAUCAUUUGCGUUCACGGUCUCGAUGGCAAUGCUGCUGAUCUCCGUCUCGUCAAGACUUACCUGGAACUGGGUCUGCCUGGCGCGCACCUGGACUUCCUCAUGUCCGAGAGAAAUCAGGGUGACACCUUUUCCGACUUCGAUACGAUGACCGACCGGUUAGUGGCCGAAAUUCUCUACCACAUUGAGUCAUCGGGGCUGAAUCCAACGAAGGUGAGCUUCAUCGGGCAUUCCCUUGGGACCAUAAUCAUCCGGAGUGCCCUGACGCGACCGCAACUGCGUCCACUUUUGCCCCGCUUGCACACAUUCCUCAGCUUGAGCGGGCCGCAUUUAGGCACCCUUUAUAACACGAGCGGUUUGGUGAACGCAGGUAUGUGGUUCAUGCAGAAGUGGAAGAAGUCCGGAUCUCUACUGCAAUUGGCCAUGAAGGACGCGCCGGACGUGAGGCGUUCCUUUAUGUUCCGCUUAAGCCAGAAGAGCAAUCUGCAGAAGUUCAAACACGUUCUACUGUGUGGUAGCGCUCAAGAUCGAUAUGUGCCAUUGCACUCUGCCCGUAUCGAGCUCUGCAAAGCUGCCGUGCGAGAUCCGACCGACCAAGGUGCCGCGUAUCGCGAGAUGGUGCACAACAUCCUUUACCCCGUGAUGUCGGCGCCCGGCGUCAGCCUCGUCCGCUACGACGUGCAUCAUGCCCUACCGCCGACGGCGAACGCCCUGAUAGGCCGAGCCGCGCACAUCGCCGUCCUCGACUCCGAGCUUUUCAUUGAGAAGUUCCUGCUAGUGGCGGGACUCAAGUACUUCAGAUAAGGAAGGGACUGUCUAGCGCGCGAAUCGAUGGAACUAAUUAAACUGUAGUUUAUCAAAGAAAAGUAAGGGCACUCGAAGAUUGCCGCUCCCCGCGACGAUAUCCGGCGACGAUCGCGUAAUUAGCAUAAUUAGCGUAAUUUAUAGGCGCCCUAAUGGGCGUUGCCCCGCCUCCUUCCCUUCGUUCGUCCUGGGAGAAACGAAUUGGAAUCUAGGGACGGGGCAGUCCGAGCUUUUUUUACACUGAACGCGGCGCACGUCGUCUUCGAUCUCAACGUUGGUCGUCGUUACGUUCCCGGAUGCCAUCUCCAUCACGCGUCGUCGACCGCGGAAGGAUUGCGGCGAGAUACGCAUACACCUUUGCGACGCUCGUUCCAUCCGAAUCGAAUGGAUCUCUAGCUGGUCGUGAAACGGACCUAUCGUCCAAUGGUGAUUGUGCUGGUGGUGAUGGUGAUGGUGGUGAUGGUGGUAGUAGUAGUAGUAGUGCUCUCUGAUCAGAAGGGUAAAAAGAAGAAGCUGCAAGAUAACGCGGAUUAUUAAAUACACAGAUACGUUUAGCGUUUCCCGCGUAUCGUCGCACCGUGCGAGCGACCGGACGUGUUCCAGCCUCGAAGAUCGCAACGACCGGAAGAAGGGCGGAUUAGCACGUUUGGCGGCCUAGUGCAGAAGAGGAAGCGAAGCCACGAGGAGAUGCGCGGUGCUCGUCGAGCAGGUCGUCCACGCCAACGUCGUAGAGGAAGAAGCAAAGUUAUUCGACGACGCGAAACGAUGAGAAACGGAAAUCGAGACUCUCCAGCGAGCGAGGGCCCUGUCGCCAGGCGAUUUAUUUUCCGCGAUGUACAGCUAUGUACGCGAGUCAAGGGUGAAAUAAUAACGAUAACGUAAUAACGAUAAAAAUAACAAUAAGGCAAUGCAACGAUACAUUGUCUAGUCGCAUAGGAAAGUUACGAAACGUAUGUCAAUUGUUAUCCUCAGAUUAAGUGUGAGUGUUGAAUGCGGUGAGUGCGCAGAAUGAGAGAGGCGAGUACGACUCUGAGCGUGCGCGAGCAGAAGAUUACAAUUAAUCGGCGAGAUCACUGUCUCGCGAAGCGAGAUUAUCGAGGACGAAGGGACGCCGAGGAGAACGCACGAUCGCGUUGACGUUGACGAAGUCAAGAGGCCGACGAGGGGACCCAGGGAAGACAGUGCGAUAAUGCGUUUCAUCAGUGUCUCGAACGGAGUCACAAUCAGUGCGCUGAAACAGGAACUCGCGCCCUGAAACGCGGCAGGAAAGUAUCCGAGGCGCGAAAUGGACGCGGCGAGCGCGACGGGAGUGAUUAAUGUUUCAGGUAUAUGAAAUCCCUCCAAUACUAGAUCUCAAUUGCUCACACCGAACAUCGCUGUCGACGAUGAACAAAGGAGAAGUCAACAGGAAAUUAUAUUAAUCGUAAUCGUGCGGCGGAGCGUCGCGCGCGCCCCGCGAGUGCCAGGUCUGUUAAGAUCGCCGUGGAACGAACUUGCAAAAACUCGAUUCCUGUCGGUCUCAUCUAGAGGUCUACAUAGUUUCAGAACCGAUCUUAAUUUUAAUAACGAAUUCUCGUUUUAUAUUGCAAUCAAAAGAUAAAAGUAGCUUUUUGUUUAACAUUACAUGUGUUGAAUUUUUUGGGGGACUUGCUCUUUUUACUCUCAACUCGAUUUUAUUUAUUUAGAUUUUUACACGAGCACUUUGUUUCUUAAAUUUUCCAAAUUAAAUCUUGCAAUUUAAUCCCAGGUUCAAUUUCAAUCUCACCUCGCAUUGAAAAGCGAUUAAAUUAUAUCAAGUAAAUGCGGCAAUUAAUGGGUAUUCUUUCUUCUUCUUGUAAGAAAAAUUCGAGAUCAUGGAUUCGCGCCAGAUUUUGUCAUUAAAAUGCAAAAGUUCCUGAUACUCUGUACGCCAAGAGGUGUGACCGUAGCAAAUCGGCGCGAAAGCGACGCCUCGUACUUCGAUGGCCACGCAAAAAUAGAAAAAGCAUUUCUUUGUGCAGGCAUCAAAAUGCCAAAGUCAAAUGGACGAGUGUUAGGUGUUCGUACCGUGCGUUAUGUUCCCGCGAGUGUCCGUUUAACAUUUUGAACGCGACACGUCGACUGCGUACCCCUAUUUAUAUAUAAGCGAUGUGUGUAAAACGAUAUAAAUAACCCGGUGUUCUCCGUGUAAACAAUAAUCGCGACUGUACAUGUGUAUAUCCAUAAAUCGCAGUUGUUAGCAAUUUUUGAAUUGCAAGCCGAGGUACGAGGCGUCUCCACGUUGUCACUGUCAUCAAACAAAUAUGGAAUGGGAAUAAGGGCCCAUCUUUCGAAGCGAGAAAUUCCCGCGGACGCCAUUAUGGCUUCCGACGUUUUUAAGGUUUUUUUAUGGGCACCCGUGGAUCUGCGAAUUUUCAUUUCAUCACCGUGCGCACGUUUCGGUGGGAUGAUGGACGGCACCCCCUGAUCUUCCACCUCAUAAUUUCUUGCGCUACAAAUCCGCGUCGGCCCGCGCUGUUCCGAGCGCGAACGCGCGCGUGGACAGUAACGAUUUUUACAGCGAUUCUGCAACUAUAAUCCUGCAAAAAAGGGAAGAAAACGCGAAUCAUGCGUUAGUCUCCCGAUGCGAGUGCAAGAGAUGUCCGCCGCGCGACUAAAUCCGUAUCACUCAUAUCUGUAUAUCAUCCGGUGUAAUCCGUUUAUCUGCGUGCAUAACUGCGUGCGUCUGCACAUGUUGGCGUAAAUCGAUCAUUUACAGGCGUUGUGGAUCUCUAUAUCGCGAUUGUGUAUAUCACUGUAACCGCGAGCUCGAUAAUCGCGAGUUGCGAGAUGAAAAAUUGCGCGUCAAGUGCAGCUUACAGUCGCACUUGAGGGAACGCGUCCGUGAAAUAUACGCAAAAACAGUCGAAAGCAAUUCUCUGCCCACACAAAAAUUUGAUCAGAUUUUUCUUUUCUCUUUAAUCUCGUUCUUUUAAUAUGGAGUCGAUAAAUUUUUAUGUAUAUUUAUUUAUAGUUUAUUUAUUUAUUAUAAAUUUGUAUAUUUUAUAUUUAUUUAUAUUGUAUGAAAUAUAAAUAAGUCAUCAGCAUUUUAUUUCAGAAAUAUUUUACAAAGUUAAAAUGAAAGUAGGAUGAAAUAGCAAUUUGCAAAUCUAAGUUUUUACCUCGUUUGUACUGUUCUUCUAAAGCGAAACAAUUGUCGUCCUAAAUAAUAAAUAAAAUAUUCUUGAGAGAUUCCAUUUUAAUUUGUGUCAAAGUUACUUCUUUCUGGAGUGAUGCAAAAUGUAUUUUAAAGUUACGAGUUUUUUUAGUACGAUAUACAAGAUCAUGUAUUAUAAUAUUUUGCUGUAAACUUAUUUUAUAUGGUAUAAUAUCACGAGUGUGCCACUUUAUCGAGCUCGCCGGCAGUAAUUGUCUUCAUUGUCCCGAAAAGAUCCUGAAUAUUUGAUAGUUGUCCAUAAAAAAUCGGAUUUCAAGUAUAAAGUCUACAUAUUGACGCAUUUCUCUAUCGUUUUAUUAUAUUUAUUAUAGUUCGCGCUUAGUUUAAUACGACCAUUGAGAUGGGCUAUUUAUCUGAUAAACAUGGUGGAUUUUCUGAAUAAUAUGAUUAAUAAUUUCGUAUAUUCGUUGAGCAAUCAACUCGGUCCUUUACAUUUGUUGAAUAAUAAAAUUUGACAAAUUUCAGCUGUUUAUAAAUAUUCCAUUUAUAAAUAUUUUAUAAAUAUUCCAUUCAUUUAUUUCAUUAUUCAGAUUAAAUUGGAUGACUUUCAUGUAAAAGGGUCCAAGCGUUUGUUUUAAAUAAUCUGAGAUAAACAUUGAUUUAUCAGUUGAAAUUUUAAAAACCCUUGUACAUUGGAAAGACACAUUUAUAUAAAAAAAUGAUUAAAUAAUAUAAAAAAAAUUUCUACACGUAUCUCAUCGUAAUAAAUAAUUAGGAAAUAUCACGCGCACUCAAACUUUUUAUAUAAACAGAUAAUUUUAUACAUCAUAUACUAUCACAAAUACAAAUGCAUAAAAUGCAUUAAGCCAUUAAUAUUCCGUAAAAUGUUCAAUAUUACGAUAGAAAAUCUUAUCAUGAAAAUUUUUUGCAGGAGAAACUUUAGAAGACUGUUUUUAACUACCCCAAAAAUGUGCUCGGCUUCUUUUAUAUCAGAGAAACUUUUAUCACUCUCUCAGUAAUCGCAAUUAAUUGGUCAGUUGUCUCGCGAAGCCAAAUACGCGAUAUUAAUCACAAUUUAGGAUCAAAGUAACAUUCGUCCAUUUAUCGGUUAUUCGGAGAUUCGAGAUGAUUGCGCGUCAUCAAUGAACGUAUGACGAAUGCAUGCGUGAAUGGGAAUUCUCUGUCCCUUUAACACAUUUAUCGGUGACUGACGUGCAACAAAUAUGUUUCUACACAUCAAUAAUAUCAUCACAUGCAAUUACUUACAUUUGCAAGAUAAUGGCUGUCCAAUAUCAAGAGAAAAGCACAAUAAAGUGUACCAGUGUAUAAACAACCGAAUCUUUUCAUUUCUUAAAAUGAUGGAAACGAUUACAUGGAUUAUUAUUCAAAUUGGCGAGUCUUAACAAUCCAGUCAAACGGAAAGCCAGCUAAAUCAUGCUUGGUGGUAAAUAUAUUACUGAAAUUUUCAUUCUGCAACGCGGCACGCGUUUAUCAGAUAAAUAGCCGGUGUGUAGCCGCGCGUAUGCGCUAUUAUUCUCUUGACUACGAAAUCUCGCCGAUGAGACGUUUAUAUACGCGUCAUCGAUCGAUCGUAGCGGGCGGUCUCCUCUCUUUGUCCGCCGUCAGCGAGUCGUCACAAAUCGUGCGCGAAAAGGAGAUUACGGACGAAUGAACGCACGGUGGGAAGAUGGGCGGGGAGAAGCUGAAGCUUCGGGGAUUCGAGAACAUUCGAGAAGCUUUCCAAUUUGCCCGUCGCGCGGGGAACACGGAUCAAGAUAAAUUUUCAUUACUGUUCUAUUGUUUGCUCAACCGUCUCGUCGUAUUGUAUGACACAUUGUACUCUUGGCGGUGCAGAUCGACCGUGCACGCCGCAGCCGCGAACACCGUUCACUUUGUACUGUCUCGUCUCAUCGUCGUGUAAGUUUAAGUUCUCGCCUUGCCACGUGAGGUGAGGCAAGUUUUUAGGAAUUUUCUGGCGGACGCGAUCGAAUCGCAUCGUUCUCCAUAUUCCGUUUCCCGAUGCGUUCUUCCGAGGGAUCGCUUCCGGCUCGGAUUAGCGCAGGGAAAGAAAAGGUCGCUUAUGCGUCUCUCCUGCAGAUGCAUUAUGCACUGCGUUAUCCGCGACUCGUGUGUCUGUAUCCAAUUCCCUUUUUCAUCCUGUGGCGUCUCCUGGCUGGACGAUCGGAUAUACGGCGAGUUUUCCGUUAUAAAUUGGAAUAAUCCCUCGAGAGAUUAAUAAAAAAGAUCAGACCAAGAACAUUUUUAUAAUUGUGCAAUCUUAUUUGUAUCGAACUGGUCAGGAUCUCCUAGAGUCCUUAUGGGAAAGUUUUUGCAAGAAAUAAAUUAAUAAUUACACACGUAACAAAUUAAUAAUUAAUAUAUUGCUGUAUGGGAUAUCUAUUAUGUGCUUCCGAUUAGAUAAAAUCUUGGAUAAAAUAUAAAUUUUAUCAUUAAUUCUAUAUAAUGUUAAUUUUUUUAUUAAUAUAAUAUAAUUAAUUAUGGAAUCUUCUUGUAUCAAGUUUUAGCAAAUUAUAAUAAUCUGGAUACGAAAUUAGAUACUUUCAAUUUCACGCCAGAACUUCUAUGAAAAAUUUUCUCUUUCAGUAACGCGCAUCCGCAAAUAAUGCGGACAUCAUUAUAUGACUCAAACACUUGUGCUUUUUUGAAGAAAGUCCAACUCGCGUUUUACUGUUUCAAGUUUUCGCAUUGCCUCUGCCAUGUCUAACUUCUUUCAUCUCGCCGUCUCCUCUGAUAAUAAAACAAAUCAAAAAGUCGUAUCCUGAAAUGACAUGGAGUUUCCAAGUGGCUCCCAAAAGUCGACGGGAAACUAUGAUAAUAUAUCUGGUACCAGUUUGAUACGACACCCUUUACCACCUUCGCCGAGACGUUCAUUGACACUCGGAAAGGAGAACUGGCUAUUGCAUUCCGCUCGUGUGGCGACUAUCGAACACGCCGUUCAGCCGGGUCCGACUAAAUAGAGACACCACGUAAUCGUCGAUCGAACUAUCGGAAGCGAAAGCGAGAGAGCGAUAGAGUGUGUGUGUGUGUGUGUGUGUGUGUGUGUGUGUGGUGUGUGGUGUGUGGUGUGUGUGCGUGUUUCAGAGAGUGACAGGGCAAAAAGGAGAGAAAGAAAGGAAGACCAUAUGCAAGAGUACGUGCGAGCACAGAUUUCAACGGAAGACUCAGUCAUCGUGAAAAAAGGAACACCAAUGAAGAAGUAACAAUGUAUACACUAUACAUAAUGUACGAGUACGUAUGGAAAAAAAGUGAAUAAAUCUACACAUAUACAUAAACGAGAGAUAGUAGAUUAAUAAAAAAUCUCAAGCCGUUA